AUGAGAGACACACCGGACUUAUGGCCAAUAGAUUUGCAGACAUUUCUGCAGGACUUGUAUGACUCGAUCCAAUCAAACGGAUUCCUAUUAACGGUAUUCCGCUAUAAGUUUACGGAACCGGAGAUCGCGUUGAACUCAUUGAACGGAAAGCCGUUUCUUAAUAACACUGAAUUGGAUUCACAAAAUGUGGGAUUCCGUCACAUCGGUGCCAAACAUGACUCAAUCGGAUCUGUUGUCCAUUUGUUUAGAAAUGUUUCCGAUUAUCCAAAAAUUCCCGAUAAAAACAAUAUCAUUAAUAUUAACAGAGAUUAUAAGCAAUGGUUUGGAGUAUUGCAGGAAAGACUGAUUGCCGCUAACGAUGCGGACAAUCAAACGGAUAACGUAUGGCUUAUAGCUAACGACUCGUCCAUUAAUGGCAUAAUAGGUCUCAUGAAUUGCUUGCGAUUAGAACCGGGAGGAGGGAACUGGAGAUAUAUUUUCAAUUACGACAGCACUGGUAGUCCAAUGGAUAUAGACUUCAAUGUCAGCCCUUAUAGCGAUAUAUUGGCCAACGAUUUGGUGGCGAAUGUCGUGAAAGAGGGAAAAGUGGGAACUUAUCGACACUUAAGACUUCCCACGGAUUACGACAAAUGCCUAUCAAAUGACUAUUUUCUGAAUUGCGGACAAAUAAAAGAUAUAUCAGGACUUCAAUGGUAUGACUUGAAAAAUAUGCCGAAAAUUAAACACGAUUUCGAUGACAAACACGAAAAUCAUGUCAAAACAAAAGUCGAAAUAUACUACGCGGGCGUAACAUUUCGUGAUGUUUUAAUAGCAUCAGGUCGUAUCCCGGCUCCCGCGUUACAAAUUGUGCCAGAUUGCACGUUAGGUUUUGAAAUAUGUGGGCGACGAUUAGAUAAUGGGGAUAGGGUUAUGGGGUUCAGAAUGGGACGAUCCAUUGUCACGUCCACCCAUAUUAACAUCAAAAAUAUAACUACAGUUCCCCAACAUUGGUCUAUGGCUGAGGCGGUUACUACGCCAAUACAGUAUGCUACAUUGUACUAUGGGUUAAUUAAACGGGCUAAUUUACAACGAGGGGAGAGUAUAUUAAUUCAUUCAGCGGCGGGAGGUGUGGGUCAGGCGGCUAUCAAUAUCUGUCGCCAUUACGGGUGCGAUAUCUAUGUGACGGUUGGGACGGAAGAGAAAAAGCAAUUCCUUGUGAAGGAGUAUAACAUUCCUGUGAACCGGAUAUUCAACUCAAGAGAUAUUCUCUUCAAGAAUCAGAUAAUGGAUGCGACGAAUGGAAAGGGAGUCGAUAUCGUGAUUAACUCCCUGUCCGGUGACAAACUCGAUGCUAGCUAUGAAUGUGUGGCAAAUAAUGGUCGGUUUGUAGAGAUAGGAAAAUAUGAUAUGUUUCAGAACCGGAAGGUCGGUAUGUUUGACUUCCUGAGGGACAUACAGUUUAUUGGUGUGUCCUUUGACUUGGCGUGUCUUAAAAACCCGGACCUAAUCCAAGAAUACUUCGAUUGGAUGCAUAAGAACUGUUCGAAUGGUUGCGUAAAACCAAUCAAUUAUACGGUAUUUAAUGCCUCGGAGGCCGAGAAGGCGUUCCGAUUCAUGACAACCGGUAAACACAUCGGGAAAGUAGUCAUCAAAAUGAGAGACGAAGAGAUGGAUAGACAGCCACUGAAAGCCAUUAAACCGGCCGUCGAUAUGAUGGUUACGGUUAAGACGUAUUUCAAUCCAAACAAAGUCUAUAUAAUAACGGGAGGUUUGGGCGGUUUUGGACUCGAAUUGAUUCAUUGGAUGCAAUCCCUGGGCGCCAGAAAAUUGGUGACAACUUCCAGAUCUGGUCUUAAGACUGAUUAUCAGAAAUUUCUUUUCAAUCGUUUUCACGAAUUCGGAGAUAACUUGAAAUACUAUUCGUCCGAAUGGUUGGUCUCGACCGCCGAUUGUAUGACUAUUGAAGGCACACAACAACUCCUAAAAGAGGCCCAAAAUUUGGGACCCAUUGGAGGGGUAUUUCAUUUGGCGGUCGAACUGAAUGACAGAUUAUUUAAGAAUCAAACGUUUGAUAAGUUUUGUUCGUCUAUUGAUACCAAACAUAAGAUUUUCGCAAAUUUGGAUCAAUUGACCCGAAAAUUGGACUAUAAUUUGGAUUAUUUUGUCGUAUUUUCUUCAAUCUCUUGCGGUAUGGGAAAUGGAGGUCAGACUAACUACGCGUUCGGGAACUCUAUGUGUGAACGCAUUUGUGAACAAAGACGUAAUGAUAGACUCCAUGGUCUGGCCGUACAGUACGGACCCAUCGGUGAUGUGGGCGUGUUUGAGGGUAUGGCCGAAAACAUAGCCCUUUCAUCACUGGCUAUACAACGGAUCCACUCGUGUUGCGAUGUUUUGGACAAAUUGUUGGCAAUUAAUACACCGAUUGUCACGUCAUUUGCUUUCGCGGAUAUUAUCAACCAAACAAUAUCAUCAGGAUCAAAACGACAACGUAUUGUGGCCAAAGUGUGGCGCACCCUGGGCAUUGACCCCCAGUCCACCCCCAUUGACACAACAUUGGCUGAUAUAGGGUUGGAGUCCAUAGACUAA